AUGUCCUUGGCAGAAGUGCUGGAACACAUUGAGAAAAAGGGAUCUAUUGACAGAGAUGCAACUCUUGUUCGGUUAACGACAGAGAAGAGAUUGCCACUAAUCAAAGCAUGGGAAGAAAGUGAGAAAGCAAAAGCUGAAAACAAAGCUCAGAAAAAGAUAGCUAAAAUUCUUGCAUUGGAGAACAGUAAGAAAGCAAGCUUAGAGGCUGAGCUAAAAAGGACUAAGAGGAGCAAUGUUGAAAAAGAAGGCCGGUACAUCGAUAAACUGAAAAACAAGAUUGUAAAACUAGUCCACAAGUCAGCAGAAGAAAAAAGAGUGAUAACUGAAGCUAAACGUGGAGAAGAUCUUCUUACCGCUAAGGAGAUAGCUGCAAAAUGUCGGGCCACUGGAAGUUCUCCGAAGAAACCAGUCCUUGGAUGUUUCUGA